AUGUUUAACGGCGACUUUAUCGGUUUGUGGGCAUUCGGCAUCGGCGCCGGCUUAACUAUUGCCGCGCCGACAACUGUGAGGUUUAUGGUAAAUGGUAUGGUAAGGAUCGAGGGAAUGCACGUCUUCAUAACCCUAACCCGAGCUGUUCGAGAUGGUCAGCCUCCUGCUCCAGAUCUCGCUCAGGAAGUCGCUUCGGCAUAA